AGUUUACUAGGACAGUAAGAUCUCCGUUUCGUUUCACAUUCAUAUACCUAUAACCAUAAAUGCUUUGUGCCUUGCUGUGUGCCUUGCUGUGCUAGUGUGUAUUUGUUCGGAAAGGUGGUGACAGACAGAAAAAAAGUUGCGAAAAGGAAAAACCUGAUUUUUUCUCAUCUCGAUCGCCGAGACUUUCCGUUUUGUUAUUCUGCUUGCUCCUGUAAUCCCUGGUUUUGCAGAUCCCGAGAACGGUACAACUACGGCAGAAGAAAAAAUCCAUAAAAGACGAUUGAAGCAUCAUUUUGGGAGCCGCCUGAGAGGGGCGCCGGAAAAAGUAUCGCCCAGCUGGAGCAAGCUGAAGUGAAUUACAACGACGACCACAAAACAACCUGAACCAGUAGUACAAAUAACAAAACACAAACAUUCAAAAUGCCUGUGUUUCACACAAAAACGAUCGAGAACAUCUUGGAGCCCGUUGCACAACAGGUCUCCCGGUUGGUGAUACUGCACGAGGAAGCCGAAGAUGGCAACGCGAUGCCCGAUCUCAGCCGACCGGUCCAGGCGGUUUCGCUGGCCGUCACCAAUCUGGUCCGGGUGGGUCGGGAAACGAUUCACAACUCGGACGAUGAAAUCCUCAAACAGGACAUGCCCGCCUCGUUGGCUCGCGUCGAAAACGCCUCGCAACUGCUGGAGGAAGCAUCGGCCAUGCUGAGGGGUGAUCCAUUCAGUGGACCGGCGCGAAAAAAAUUGAUCGAGGGCUCGAGGGGUAUCCUGCAGGGGACUUCAUCGCUGCUUUUGUGUUUCGACGAAUCGGAGGUGCGAAAGAUCAUCCGCGAGUGCAAACGAGUGCUGGAUUAUUUGGCAGUCUCGGAGGUUAUCGAUACGAUGGAGGAUUUAGUGCAGUUUUUGAAGGAUUUGACCCCGUGCCUAAGUAAGGUAUCGCGGGAAGUCGGUGCCCGAGAGAAGGAAUUAACGCAUCAAGUACACAGUGAAAUUCUCGUACGCUGCUUGGAGCAGGUGAAAAUUUUGGCACCGAUUUUGAUUUGCAGCAUGAAGGUGUUUAUUUUGAUUGCCGAGCAGAGCGGGAAAGGAUCGGAUGAAGCGGCUGAAAAUAGAAACUACUUGGCUUCCAGAAUGAGUGAGGAAAUACAGGAGAUUAUUCGCGUUUUACAGCUGACGACCUACGAUGAGGAUCAAAGUGAACUGGACAAUCUGACGGUGUUGAAGAAGAUCCACAAUGCAAUUAAUAAUAAGAUGGAAGCAGCGAACGAUUGGUUGCGGAAUCCGUAUGCUCUGCGUGGUGGGGUUGGGGAGAAAGCGCUCCGACAGAUCGUUGGUAAUGGAUUGAAGGUGGCCGACCGUUGUCUUCCUCAGGAUUCUCAUAUUAUCCGAAGAUUGGCUGGUGAUAUCACUGCUAUGACGAACACGCUGUGUGAUUUAAGACAGGAUGGUAAAGGAACUACUCCACAAGCUGAUUCGAUUGCUCGUGACAUCCGAGAUAAAUUGGGCAAUCUGGAACAAUCCGUUUUGAAUGCCAUAAUGGGUGUCGAUAAGGCUGGAUUGCAGCAGACAGCGCACACAGUUCAGGGUCGCUUGGAACAAGCUUGUCGCUGGUUGCAAAACCCUGGCCAGGAUGAUCGUGGCCUUGGGCAGCGUGCAAUUGCCCUCAUUGUCGAUGAAGGUCGUAAAGUAGCGGAAGGGUUAAGUGGCCACGAGAAGGCAGAAGUUAUGCAGUUGUGUGAUGAGGUUGAACAAUUGUCUCAUGACUUCUCACAAAUGUGCUCUAAUGGACUUGGACACACUGCACAGGCGCAGGAAGUAGCACGACGUCUCAAUGAGAAGCUGCAUGGGUUGAAAAAACAAAUCCAAAAUGCAGUGGUUAAUCGUGUUGUUGAAGAUUUCAUUGAUAUUUCAUCGCCACUGAAACAAUUCAUGGAAGCGGUCGCUCUUCCAGAAGGAACGCCCGGUCGUGAGCAGAAUUUCAAUCAAAAGUCCAAUAAAUUGCAAAGCUUUAGUGAUCGUGCGUCCAAAACUAGCCGCAUGGUAGCCGCCGGUGGCUCUGGAGGUAACAAAAAACUCGCCGAAGUUUUGCUUUCUUCGGCUUCUCAAAUCGACAGUUUGACUCCACAGCUAAUCUCUGCUGGGCGUAUUCGGAUGAACUACCCAACCAGCAAAGCAGCGGAAGAACAUUUGAACAAUCUAAAACAGCAGUAUGCCGAUACGAUACUUCGCAUGCGUACGCUGUGCGAUCAAGCAACGGAUCCGUCUGAUUUCAUCGAAGCUUCCGAGAAGCAAAUGCAGAAGCAUUCGUUCCUCUGCGAUGAAGCAAUUCGAAUGAGACAGCCUCAGAAAAUGGUCGACAACACAUCCAGCGAAGCUCGGUUGGCUAACCGAGUUCUGCUGGUGGCCAAGCAGGAAGCGGACAAUUCCGAAGAUCCGGAAUUCAUCGCUAAGGUUAACGAUGCAUCCGAUCGUCUUCAGCAGUCCAUUUCGCCGAUGGUUCAGGAAGCGAAACACGUUUCAACCAACAUUGCUGAUCCGAUCCAUGCUUCCAACUGGCGGGAGGCCAACAAGCAGUUACUUCAAAAUGUGCGUAAUAUUCGCAGUGCCAUUAACAAUGUUCCGGAUGUGCCAGAAAUGCCAGAUCUAUCUGCUUUGCAUGUUAGCCCACAGCAACAAGAAGCGGCUCCACCACGUCCGCCACUACCACGGGAAAACAUCCCGCCGGUUCGACCUCCACCACCGGAGACCGACGACGAGGAUGAACUUUUCCAGGGUAUGCCCAAUGCAAACCAGCCCAUCUUGAUGGCUGCACACGGCUUGCACCAGGAAGUACGCCAGUGGUCUUCGAAGGAUAACGAAAUCAUCGCAGCGGCUAAGCGAAUGGCCGUUCUUAUGGCCCGUCUGUCCGAGCUGGUUCGUGCCGACUCGAAGGGUAGCAAGCGAGAGUUGAUUGCGACGGCAAAGAAGAUUGCUGAAGCCUCGGAGGAUGUGACCCGGCUGGCGAAGAUACUAGCCCGCCAGUGUACGGACAAACGCAUCCGUACCAAUCUGCUGCAGGUGUGCGAACGGAUACCGACCAUCGGAACGCAGCUGAAGAUCCUGUCGACCGUGAAAGCCACAAUGCUGGGCGCGCAGGGCUCCGACGAAGACCGAGAGGCAACCGAUAUGUUGGUUGGCAAUGCGCAGAACUUGAUGCAGAGUGUUAAGGAAACGGUUCGUGCUGCUGAGGGGGCCAGUAUCAAGAUUCGUUCGGAUCAGACUAACCACCGUCUGCGCUGGGUACGUCGGCAGCCUUGGUAUCAAUACUAAGCUGUUGGUAACCGUCGGUGAUGAACGAAUAGGCGCACAAUUUUUCUGCGACGGUGUACAACACACACAAGGAGCACACGGUUAGUCAGAAGCACCUUUAACGCACUUUACAGAUGUCUGAAGGAACGUCUAGAACUCGGAGCAACUCGAAGAUAGAAUGAACACUAAUCAAUUUACAGUAGGUACCGGAAAGCCUUGAACUUGUGUGAAAAACUGCCUAAUAAGAGGUACCUCAAAUCGUGUCAAAAGAAGGUAUGGCAAUCUAGUACAAGAGUACUCAUAUUUCUAUGUUAGAAUAGUUUGUAAGGAUGUUAUCGUAUGGCGACGUUUUUCUCGAUAUGUAUUUAUUUACUAAAUGUGUUUCUACUCAAAGGCAUAAUUUUUUCGACGAUUGAAAAAAAUAUAUUUGUUACAUUUUAGUUUUUUGAACUAACAAAUUUUUCUGCGAAAAAAAUUGCGAGUGUUUCUUAGUCAGAAAAGUAAGGGAAUUUUUAUAAGCAAGCAUGAAGGAAUUUCUUAGGGGAGACAGAUAGUAUUUUUGAUAACGAAAUUGAACGCACUAGCGGUUAAAGGGAGGAUUAGAAAAUUGUUGCCAAAAAUUAAUGCAUUAACAAAGUCAAAGCCGGAUGACUUAGACUAAAAAUUGCUGUUUGUGUUUCGUUGGAUUAAUACAUGAAGAAAUUUUAUGCAAACAUGCUGUUAGUAGGACGUCCAAGCGACAUUAUUUUAGCAGAGUCUAUUUAUAUCGAUGUUUUAAAUUGCGCAAUUGCAGGAUCUGGAUUGCAGGAAAUAAAUAGAGCCUAACUAAGUAAAACGUAAGAAUAAUGCUAAUAUGUGCUAAUACAUGAAACGAAACAGUUUUAAGAAACGUUUAUAUUAAUCAUUAGCGUAAGAUAUGUUUUCUUCCAACGAGACGAAUCUACUUAUACUUGCAAUCAGUGCUCGAUUUUGUAUUUCUUUUAUCAGAUACAUACAACAACAGUUUUCAGUAGGUGCAAUAUCUAACCUUCACUCAAGUAGUGAAUUUGCAUGCAAGCCAGAAGGUAGUAUUCCUAGUAACAAACCACAAUAAUAACUUGAACGAACGAAGUUACAAAUAAGAAUGCAACAUUUUACUAAUACUAGUAACAAAUACUGAUAGAUUAGAAAGGAAGAGCGCUUGUCUUAUUACUAUUGGAAAUUAUUCCGGAUCUAAUUUCACAUAAAAUGACUGAUUACUUCGUGUGAAGUAAGAUGCGGAAUAAUUGUUGUUAAUUAUUCGUCCGGCACCAGAAAUUACAAACCGGCCGGCUAAUAGGAAGUUCAAAUGAAAAUUGCAGGUACCUCAUCGAACAAACUUGAGCAGCUAACAACAGCGGUUUUUCCAAGUGAUUUCCGUAUUUUGUUCUUUCCAUUAUACAUACACUACAAAUCAAAUACAUACAUUUAUAACAAAGUAGAAAUCGAGCGUGUUGUAAUAACAAGUGCCUAUUUAUAUUAUAUUUUUGUAAACAGUUUUUAUUCUUGUUUGAAUAUUGUUUAACUUUCAAUUUGUUCAGCUGUCUUUAGUUGAGAAGAAAUUUCUUUUACAGGAGCAGUUUGAUUCGCGGUCGGUAUCGGUGAAAAACGUUUUCGUUUAUCUAUUAUAUGUCUGUUUACUGACUGUUAUCGAAUCACUGACUUAAUCGCUUACAUGUGUAGCUGUUUUUUCCUCUUUCAAUGAAACCAUUUACUAGUUCUUAAUCAGAGUUGAGAAAUUGUAAAAUGACAGCGCUACUGUUUCUUAUAUUAAA